AUGAGUGAUUUCUGGAGAACUUUGAUGUUAAAAUCUGUCGUUUUGAUAGCAAUGGCUACAAUGGGUAACAUUGAAUGCCCAAUACUAAAUUCCGAAAGUUCAAAUUCGAGUUUUGUUGGAGGACACGUUGAGCUCGUCGGCAAGCACAUCAUCGCCGAGGACGACACCAUCAGCAGUAACAGCAAUUACUAUUUAACCACUCCGACGGUUGUCUUCACAUCGACAGUGAUCGGACUUAUAACUGAAAAUGAGGAUAAACUCAUUGGAAAUAUCAGCAAAUUGAACGAGGGGGCUACAAUUGCAAAAACUACCGCAACAACCCAACAGCGCUACCACCAGCAACGAUACAAACGACAAGUUCAAACAAGCAAGAAAAAUUUCAAACGAAUGCGUGAAAAUACAAGAACAACCACACCCUUCUACUUGGAACAAAAUUUUACAGAAAGUGAUAUAAUAGAGCACCCGGUAUUUCUGGACAGGAAGCCUGUCACAAUCGGUUUUUUGCCAACUUUGCAGUCAGAUAAGCGAACAGGCAUUCACAGUCGUGGGUUUCUCGGAGCAUUUAGAAUGGCUAUCGACUCAGUGAACACAGGUAUUCUGGCGGACAGUGGCUACUUUUUCAACUACACAAUGUUCGACAACAAGGCUGACUCAGCCGAAUCCCUGCGUAGAAUGACUGAUUUAUAUAAAAUGGGUUAG